AUGAAGGUGAGGAACGGCGUUGCCCACACGGGCGCUAAACUCCAGGAGGCCAUCGACGAGGCCUUGGAUGAGAGCAACAAGGAAGAAAUGAAGUACUACGGUGUCAAUGUCGCAGAUUUGAAGAACUGUGAGUUCAGCGUCGCCGAUCUGAAGGGCCAACCGAAUUGCGACUUCUCGUUGAAUGGGAUGAAGAGUGCCGGCAUACACAUGGCUGAGCAGGAGGAGGGGCACUUCUACGGCUUCAACGCUGCGGAGCUCCAGGACGUGGUCGAGCUGACGGGCCAUUACACGCUGAAGGAGAGGAAUGGCUGCGGCUUCAACGUUGCGCAGCUAUGGGGCCACUUCUCCCAGCAGGAGCUGAAGGACCACUUCGCGCUGAAGGAAGUGCUCGGCUGUGAUUUCAGAACAUUUGAGUUGAAGGACCAGUUCUCGCUGAACGCGAUGGUGAUCUGCGGCUCCACCUCCGCGGAAUUGAAAGACCACUUCACGCUGCAAGAACUGGAAGGUACCGCCUUCGGCAUCGCCGAGCUGAAAGACCGUUUUUUUCUGGAGGAAACGAGGGGCUGCGGCUUCACCGCCGUGGAACUGACGGGCCACUUCUCGCUUCAGGAGCUGCAGGAAAUCACCUUUAGCAUGGCCGAGCUGAAGCGCACAUCUCACGCUGAGGGAAAUGAUUCGCCGGAGGCGCCCAAUCGCAAGUUUCCGGACACCUGGCUGCCAUCCAGGGCGCCCUCUGAUGCAGCCGCGAUGCUGGCAAGCUUCACGAACCCGCGGGGGAGUUUCGCAGCAAGGAGCAAGAACAACACCGGCGCCGCCGCGGCGGACCUCCCCUCGCUUCUCGGCGGCCAGCGGGCUGUGCUCCUGGUGCCUCUGGCGCUGGUGAGCCUCGAGAUCGCAGUGCCGUGGCCGCUGGCCGCUCCGCUGUCGCUGGUGCCCUCCAGCUGGGCACCCGAGGCUGCGGCCUCGCGGCGGCUGGAGGCGCCGGCCGAAGGGUCGCUCGAGGAGAGGCUGGAGAAGCUCCUGCGCAGCACGAACACCAACGAGAGCGGCGGGCGCGUGCCCUCCUUCGAGCACGACCAGCUCUACUCGAGCAGCCCGUACGACGACCCGUACGGCCCGUACAACGGCGGCGGCGGCGGGACCGAGGACGCAGUCAUCGCGACGCUCACGGCCUCGCUGGUGAUCAUCGUGGUCUUCGGCUGUCUCUCCUGUGGGGUCGGCCUCAUCUUCGCGUGCCAGUACAAGACGAAGGUGGUCGACAGGAGGCCGCCGCUCCCGGGCGAGGCCGGGCAGCUCGCCGGCGGCGACUUCCGGUCGGGCCCGUUCAGCUGCUUCGACGACACGCCAACCUGCUGCCACGCGACCUUCUGCGGCGCGUGCCGCGCGGGGGACACCUUCCAGACGGCCGGCCUCCAGCAGUUCUGGACCGUGAUCGGUCUUUUCUUCCUCUGCAACCUCGUCGGCAACAUCGUCGCUAAGGCCGUUACCAGUGACCCUGCCCAGGCGCAGAACCUCAGCUCGACGAUCUCGGCCGUAUGCAUGGGUGGAAUCUUCCACGGGUACCGCCGCCAGCUGAGGACGCGGCUCGGCGGGAACGAGAACGCCCAGCCGAUCUGGAUGGACUUCCUCCUGUACUCGUGCUGCUUGUGCUGCGCCAUCGCGCAGGAGGCGAGGGAGCUCGACGCCGCCAUGGGCGUCAAGGUCGAGUGCUGCUGCAACCUCCAGUCCGUGGGCGGCCCGGCGGCGAGCGAGAUGCGCACCAAUCCUGGCGGCAUGCCGCAGGUGACCGGACAGCCGGUGGAAGUGCAGCCCGCCACGCAGCAGGCCCUUGCCGGCACGCCGCAGGUCACGGGCCAGCCGGUUGGGUAG